AUGAGAAGCGGCAGGCGGUCCUUAGCCUUGGACUUGUGUGAGGCAGCGUCCUUCGAAGCCUCGGAGCGCUGGCAUGCUGAGUUGUUACGCCACUUGCAGCAGGCCCCGCCAGUGGAGUUUAAGCAGGUUGACAUCAUGCAAAUUCUUCGUGCGGACCGUGCCGCAUGGACUUUCAUGGCUGAGAAAGCAAACUCCUUAAAGAAACGUGCCGAUGGUUCCUUGCCCAUGGAUGAUCUUUUCGAUUCGCUCACUGGGUCUACUGAGGUCAUGAUGUUUCUCAUGCCCCUGCCCGCUGGUGGGCACCACAAACGGCCUGCGCCGCCUGACCACACGGCGACUGCCACUGCUGAUCCGACAACACCUCCCAAGAAGUCUCGCACCAAGGCGCGUCGCGAUCGGCAAAAGCAGCGUUUGCAGGAGGCCCUAGCCCUUGCAGGCGGCUCUGCUCAACAGGCCCAACCCACGCCAUCCACAUUCCCUCCCAAGCCUCCUGCGCCCUCAGAUGGCCAGCCGCAUGCGCUGGCAACCAGCGCACCCGUUUCCUUUCAGCAUGCUGUGCAGGUUUUCGCGGGUUCAGCCCGCCUUGCUGCAGCAGUCCACAAGACUGGCAUCGGCAGUGUCUUCGGCGUCGAUGCUUGGAUCCCCAAGUCUGCCCCUGCUCCGAUUGUCAAACUUGACUUACAGUUGCAUGAAGAUACUCAAGUUCGUUUCCUUUUGCUGGCCAACCGUGCCUUAGCUGCAGUGCAUCUGGCACCCCCUGCGUCGUUGCCUUCGAGGGGUGGCGGUUCUCAGCUGCGCUCUUCAUCUUUUCCCGAUGGCAUUCCGGGCCUGCUGCCUGUCGAUGCUGACAAGGUGUCUUCGUUUAAUCAGCUCUACGCCUUGAGUUCGGUUAUCUUCCUCAGGGCUUCUCAGGCGGGCAUUUUGGCCACACUUGAAAACCCGACUUCCAGCUACUUCUGGCAAACCAGUGCGUGGCUUCAGGUCGAGCAAUCCCUUCCGCACAUUUUCUUCACGUCUCUGCACACGUGCAUGUUUGGUGUCACCUUUAAGCGACAGCUCUGCAUUGCUCACUGCCACCCGGCCUUUUCAGUCUUACAAGUUCCUUGCUGUCACCCAACUGAUCAUCACAGUCAUGCCGCACCGCGCGAGCACGCAGCCACCUACCCAAGCAAGUUCUGCCAAACCUACGCUGAAGCCCUCUUCCAGGCUUUGCUUCAAGCUGGUGCCGAGCCGCCGCCUCAGGCCCUGCCGGCUCUCCUGGACUACCACUUGCAAUCCCGGGUAGCUGUUGGUGCUCAACCCAGAGGCAAGCGUGUGCCUGCUUUGCUACCUGAGCACAAAACCAUUUGUGUCCUUGAGGGCCCGGCUAGUGCCCUGCCAGCUGGUUCUAUCUUACUUUCACCUUGGCUGCCAGGAGAGUCACGAGGGCGACAGUGCUUCUACCUUUUGCUCCGACUCUUUGUGCAAAG